AUGGAGAAAAGUUUGGCGAAAGAAAUGUGUAUAAAGUUUAAGCGUGAAGAGAUUUCGACAACUGGAGAAGAUUGUAGCAGGAGUAAUUCGAAAGAGAAAGAGGUGCGGUCGUUUGCGUUACGUGUAGACCAACCGAUAGAGUGUCAACAAGAAGAAGAAAAACGUGGUUUCCGUCGUUUCGUAAACGUUGUGAUAGGCAUCAUUAUCAUUGAUCUUCUUUUAGUUUGUUUGGAAAAGUAGGUGUUUUUGUACUUGUUUUUGUAUUGCGUGUUAUUGUUUUUCAUGUAAUAAUUUAUGUUGCGAUGUUUUACAUAAAUUAUCCUCGGUGUGGAGAUUGUUCAUUUUCAGCAAGUUUUGUAAGAAGUGUACUGAUGCUAGCUACGUUGCCGGAGAAGGUGUGGAGUUAACUGUACAUAAGAAAGGUGUUGUAGUAGAGGAAAUAGGGGAAGUACAACUGAGAUCUCGUCGUGCGCAAUUUAUUUAUGACAGAAAUUAUAAUCGCAUUGGGCUACAGCCACGCGGUCAUGCACCUAGUAGACUUCCGGUGAAGAAGUUAAGACGUCUGUUACACCACAAAAAGAGAAUAGUAAGGGUGUUUGUAUGGAAGGGUAUCCUGAAAAAUACCAUUUCUGACUACCGUGUGGCACGAACUUUUUGCGGUUUUGCGAAAAGCUGGAAAACACAAACAAGAAAGUUUCAAUGCGACUCGCUGUUGCUUGUUUACGAAGACCUUUAUCGAUCGAUUUUCUGGUGUUUUUAGUACAAAAAUACAAAGAACAAAUACGUUGAAAGUCGAAUACGCAAUUGAGAUAAAAUUUCUUUCACGAAAGUGGAUUUAGGGGUAAAAAUACGAGUAAAUUUACUCACGUUCAGUGCUGGACGCCAAACCACGGGUUUCCACGUUCUCGACAGCAUGGGGACGACGAGCCGAGCAUGUGUAGUAGCGUUCAACUCGCCUUGGUCACUUCC